GAGCGGAACGAUGUAUAUUUCCUAGUUUCAAUCAAAUAAACUAAUAUGCACAAACUAAAAAACAAAAUGAAAUAUUGCCAAUUUUCAAUUAAAACACGGAGUGAAGCUUUUGAAAAUAAAUUGAAAUAUAUUCUGAUACAUACAUACGUGCAUGAGGGGAAUUAAUCCAUUAAAAUAACCAAGAAUAAUACUCGAACAGAUAAUGUAAAAACCCGAAAAAUAAAGGUCCAAAAAGAAACGAAAAAUCGCAAUAUUGCACACAUUCGUACUUAUAUACAUAUUGGGCGCUAACAUGUUAUAUAUUCCAGCUUUUCGUUAAUCAAUUUCGGUAUAUUUUGAUUACUUUCGACUAGCAACAAUUGUGAUUUCGCUGUUGGUUUUCUUUUUAAAUUUUUUUCAAUUUUCUUUUAUUGUUGCGAAUUUGCGAAAAUACACACCAAUAUCCGCAAUGCGGCAUUAGAAUAUUACGCGAAUUCGAAUUCGCUAUAUCGAUUAUUGUUAACGGUUUGCACGCUGCGCCUACACGCCGGUUGAUGGGCGCGUUUGAUGUUGCCGAUGGUGGCAAAAUGGAUCGAUGUCGAAAUUGGUUUUGCGCGCGUAGUAAUAAUAAUGACUAUGCCGAAGUGGCCGUAAAUGACCCGCUCAAAAAUCUAACCAAUUCCAUUUCGGAUACAAUACGUGACCACGUGCGCGACAUGAGCAGCAGUAAUGGUGGUGGUUUUAUGACCGCAGCAACCACAACACCUCCACCAUCUAUGGCUACAACAACACCAAUGCACUCGACGACUACAUCGCAUGUGGUUACAUUUCUGGAUGAUGUCGGCGCAAGCGGUAGCAAUGGCGCGGUUACGACUAGUAGUCGUGUGGUCAGCCACACAGAGUUGCAUCCACCCAUGGUUGAUGGCAAUUUGGACGUAAUCGAAGCCGUAGAGGAUUUCGCUAAUGGAACUGGCAUCGGUUUAUCGCUAUGUGAUGAUAGUGUGCCAUCAUCGAAAAACUGCUAUCGCCUCAUUAUGCUGGGCUCGUCACGUGUGGGAAAAUCAUCGAUUGUGGCACGUUUUUUGGGUAAUCGCUAUGACGACGCUUACACCCCGACCAUCGAAGACUUCCACCGAAAGCUUUAUCGAAUACGCAAUGAGGUGUAUCAGCUGGAUAUAUUGGAUACGUCGGGCCAUCAUCCGUUUCCAGCGAUGCGACGCCUAUCAUUCAUGACCGGUGAUAUUUUCAUAUUAGUCUUCAGUAUGGACUCGCGAGAAUCUUUCGAGGAAGUCGUACGAUUACGAGAAAAUAUACUAGAAACUAAAUGGGCGGCGCUUAAUCCCGGUUCCGGUAUGAAGAAGAAAAGUUUGCCAAAGAUACCCAUGGUUAUUGCUGGAAAUAAAUGUGAUCUUGAACCCAAAAAAGUUCAACUAGACGAGGUAAUGGGAUACAUUGCCGGCCAAGAUAAUUGUUGCGUCUUCGUCGAAUGUUCGGCGCGACAAAAUUUCCGCAUCGAUGAUUUGUUUUAUGCACUUUUUAUGGUUUCGAAUUUACCAUUGGAAAUGGCACCGAAUCACCAUCGACGCGUGGUAUCCGUAUUCGGAGCACCGUCACCCUUGCCGCCACACACAACUUUGGGCGGGUCGAAGAAGAAUGCGCUUUCGAUUAAGCGACGUUUCAGUGAUGCCUGCGGAGUGGUAGCACCGAACGCGCGACGCCCCAGCAUACGAACUGAUCUGAAUUUGAUGCGCUCCAAGACGAUGGCUAUGAACGAGGGCGACGGAGCGGGCGUAGCGCGUAGGAAUAUGUGCGCUUUAAUGUAAGCAUUAAGAGCGAUGAUUUCAGUAUGUGAUACAAUCAUAGAGCGUUCUAGUUAAACCCAUGCACAUUAGUUCAUAAUUAUUAUAAAGUGCAUACAUUUAUUAAUUACAGUUAUAUGAAUGAAUAAAUGCGUAUGCUUAAGUAAAAAUGUAUUAAAUACAGGUACAUACAUACAAAACAUAUUUAUACAAAUAAAAAAUGUCAUUUGUAGGACUUUGAGAAUGCGUUGAGUUUAUGAGUAAAGUACAGCUUGAAGUGUGCUUCUUCUAAAAAUAAUAAUAAAACAAAUUAAUAUUUUUAUUAUGUCAAAUAAAAGUAUUUUCUGACACCUAUAGCAUUUAAGUAAAUAUUUCGGAAAAAUAUGCGUACAGA